GUUGGGCUCGAAACUAUAUCAACAUACAGCACGGAUAAACUAUCUUAUAAUUACUAUUUUAGACGGUUGAUAAAAUGACAACUACUUCCUCCGCGACCUCUUCAGAUAACAGAUAUUAUAAGAAUCCAUUUAAUGACUUCAACCAAGGGAACAGCAGAGACAUACUUGAUGGAAACCAGGUGCAUAGGAUUUUUAGGGACAGAUUAAACAAUAGCAUAAAAGAUUUGCUGCAACGGUUAGACAAGAAUAAAAAGUAUUGGGAUGUCAACGAUGAAUAUUCCAUUUAUACCGGAGUAGCAGGCAUUGCAUUUUUAUUUUAUCAACACGGAAAGCAAUUUAACGAUCAUAUAUCUAAUAAGAGAGCAGCAGAACUAAUUGAAAGAAGCAUAAAAGGAUUCCAUAGUAAGCAUCGAGUGGCAUUCUUAACUGGAACUGCUGGGCCAGUGGCCCUUGGGGCAGUCUUUAAUCAUACCCAAGCUAAACAGGAGGAUGCAACGUCGAUGAUUAAAAUGUUGAGGCACUUCUCCAAAUAUGUUUUGAACGAUAUGGAUAAAGUUCCCAAUGAGCUUCUGUAUGGCAGAGCUGGAUACCUCUUUGGUCUCUUAUUUGUCAAUUCUACCAUAUCACCACCUCCAAUCGACGCCGAAUUAAUUAAGCAGGUUGCAGCAAAAAUAAUAAAUUCUGGCAGAGUUUAUUCGGAGAAGAACAAAAGUAAAUCUAUACUAAUGUACGAAUGGCACGACAAAGAGUACCUUGGUGGAGCACAUGGAUUAUCUGGAAUCCUCUAUGUCCUGUUACAGGCUAGAGAAUAUUUAAACCAAGACCAACUUAAGGUAGUGGAGUCGGCAAUAGAGGACCUUGGGCAAUUUAAAUUUUCUUCGGGAAAUUUUCCAUCCUCCGUGGGAAAUAAAGCGGACAAGUUGGUACACUGGUGUCAUGGUGCGCCAUCUUUUGCAAUGCUCUUCUCCCUUGCCUCCGAGAUUUUUAAGAGAGAAGACUUCUACGAAAUUGCCGUCGAGUGCGGCGAGGUCGUGUGGUCGCGUGGAUUGUUGAAAAAGGGAUAUGGCUUGUGUCAUGGGGUAGCAGGAAAUGGUUACACGUUCUUAUACCUCUACAAACAAACGAAGGAUAUCAAGUACUUGUACAGAGCGUGCAAGUUUGCCGAAUGGUGCAUGGAUUACGGCACUCACCAGAGCCGAACGCCCGAUCGACCUUUCUCGUUGUUCGAAGGGUUGGCCGGCACGAUAUAUUUCCUCAUGGACUGUCAAAAUCCCGCGGAGGCCAAGUUCCCUGGUUACACCGGGUAGAAACGGAAAAUGUACAACGGACGGGAUCGUACUUUGGAGACCAAGAGAAUGCAUUGAAGAAGUUUAUUCGCUUAUCCAGGACGACCGCUAACGUUGCAUCUAAACCUGAAUAAUACAAAAGCUAACGAACUCCACGAUGCAUCGUUAGGUCAGGACCGACGAAAUCGGCGUGGAAGAGAACACGGAUAGUGUUUCGACGUCUCGACUAAAAAUGGCACAUGGACCGUGACAUCGUUCGCCGACUCGUUGGCAACGUCCAGUCGAGGCUCCGUCGCGAUUUGGUCCUAAAAAUCCAUGAAAAUCUCCGAGUCGAGUUGCUCCCGCUUUGGCGACGAUUAAGAAGAGAAAAGGAAAAAUGUACAACACGAAAUACAAAAUAUUUAUGUGGAUGCGUAACGUA